CAGUAUAUAAGCAGGAAAAAUUAUUUCAAACCACAGUCAAAAUCGAAAAUGAAGGCUCAAGUAACUUCGAUUUUGCUGUGUGCACUGCUAUGCAGCACUUUGGGUCAUGAAUACCUUUCGGCAAAACGACUAGCCCCCGAAGCAAAAUCAGGAUACCGGUCCGGCUUGGCUCAUUUUCAGGAUCGUGCGGCAUCAUCAGAGCAGUGCGAAUGGAUUUGCGAGGGAGGUGACGACGGCGGCAACAGUACUGGAGGGUUGAAAAUUAUAGUCAACGAAACAACUAGCUUGGUAGGAAUCGUGAAUAUCACCGCGGAAGUAGCGCUUAUAAUCGACAUAAAUGCUAACCUCGUGGGGCUGUUCAAUGGAACUUCCGGUGCUGUUGUAAUAAUAAAUAUCCAGACUGGUGUAGGGGUCUAUAUUGCAGCAGGUCAAUGUUCCAAGCUUUGGAUAAGUUCCAAGGAAUCGUUCGAGGUCUUCUUCAGAAGCUUAACGUCACUCCAGGUAUUCAUCGAUCAGAAAGUUGGUACGACGUUUAAGGUCUCUUCAGCUUCCUCUGUUAUUGUAGAAGUUAUUGCUCAACUUUUGAUUAAAUUGUCAAGCAGAAUCGCAACAGAAAUCCAAGGAAACGAUAAAGUUUCGAUAACCAUUCUCGUGAAGAUAACGACCUCUAUUAUCACUUCUUUACGUGGGUCUCUUAAGGGUAUUCUAAAACUUUUCGGACACGGUUUAAUUUCAUUGCAUGGUGACCUCAUAUGGCUGGCGAAUGUUUUCGAGGGCUUAGCACUGUUCGUCUCAAAAAUUACCGGCGGAUUAACUGCUUUGAUUAAAGCUGGGGUUCAACUGGACAUCGCGCUUUUACUGAGAGCAACUAAUGGACUGGAAAUUCUUAUUAAUCUUCUCUUGGCGAUUGUAGUUCGUGUUGAUUUAUCUAUUGUCGCGGGUAUUCUCAAUUCAGUCGAGGUGCUAAUACAAGUAAUUGUAAAAUUGGGAGGAGACGUAUCAACAGGGGUGACUGGCGUAUGGAAAAUAAUUUAUCAAAUCAUUUCCCUGAGAAACAACAGCAUAAAAAUUGAUGUUUUGAUAGCAACCUUAAUCGAAUACGCCGUCGAGGAAAGAUCUAGCGUGGACCUCUCAAUUUAUAUAAAGGGUUUGCUAGAAGUAAUCCGAAUUCAAGAAUCGCGUCACUCAUCUACCAGCGUAAAAGCUUUCAUUACAUUCGUUCAAAAUCUACAAAAAGGAAAGUUAGUCAUUGGAGGAAUUGAUAUAUCGGGCAUUAUUACUAUUCUCCUUAAAGGCGCUGUGGGUGGUGUACUUCUGUUAGUCAUAACUAUCUUAUUACGUUUGACAGUGAUAGUCAAAGCGGUGGAAUCGAUUCUCUCCAUCCUCUUGUACUUACUACGUCUCCUCAAUUCCCGAGCUGGACUACAUAUACUUCAACAAAUCAUUCCCGGACUAUCGAUCAAAGUGUCUGCAAGUGGAAACUUCAACAUCUUCGUGGAAAUAUUCCGCAGUGUUAAUGUUUUGACCAUAACAAGAUUGAUCGCUUCCGGAUUCGACUUGAACGUUGUACUAACCAGCGUGCCUGUAUUAGGACAAAUUUACAAAGCUGUCUCGAGUGCGGUCUCUUCGGCGAGCAACGGAUCUCUGAGUCUGAAAGUAAUUAUAAAAUCAUCCGGAUCAGCUUCGUUCGUGACCGAGAUAAGAUCCUGGUUCAAAGAAGCCUUUAGCAGUUCGCAACAUGGAGGAGGAGUAAUAAGAGUAACAUCUAAACCCGUUACUAGCUAUUACACACAACGAUGGACUUGGCACUUUGGUAUCGGAAAAUGAGCUCAUCAAUACGAAGAUAAGCAGCAUGGUCUGCACCAUUAAAUAUUAAAUUAGUUAUUGUAUAUAUGUAAAUUUUAAAAUAAAUGGUAUGCAUUUUGUUAUAA